GGUAACUUGUCAGAGGUGAAGUUUUCUUGUUUUGAAGGUGGAAAAAACAAACAAGCCAUUGUCAAAUUGGUAACUUGUCAGAGGAAUCGAUCAGGUGACGAUGAUGAUACUGAUUGUGAGGCGAGCAAAGCAAGGAGAAAAGAGGUUAUGGAUGUCGCUUCUUCUUUUUCAUCCGCUGCUGCUCCUGCUAAUGCUGAUGAUACCAAAAAGAACGAUGUGUUUAUUAGUUUCAGAGGUGAGGACACCCGCCGUACCUUUACCAGCCAUCUUCAAGUUGCCUUACUUGAGAAAAAAAUCAUAACCUACAUUGAUGACGAGCUUGAGAGAGGAGAUGAAAUUGCACCUGCCCUUCUCGAAGUAAUCGAGGAAUCAGAGCUUUCGGUGAUCAUUUUCUCGAAAGACUACGCUUCUUCCACUUGGUGUUUGGAUGAGCUUGUGCAUAUCCUAGAAUGCAAGGAAAAACAUGGCCAGUUGGUUAUACCCAUUUUUUACGACACCCUUCCAUCGGAUGUACGAAAACAACGGGGGAGUUAUGCGGUUGCAUUUGAUCUACUUGAACAACGUUUAGAGAACAAUAUCGACAACGUGCGCAAGUGGAGGGAUGCUUUGACGAAUGCAGCAGAUAUAUCUGGGUUUGAUUCGAAAAAUUAUGGGACGGAUGCCGACUUAGUUAAGGAAGUUGUAAGGGAUAUUUGGACCAAAUUGUGUCGCGAAUCAUCCUGCAAUUUAAAGGGCUAUGUUGGAAUUGAAGGCCGCAUCAAGAAGAUCGAAUCGCUGUUAAGCAUUCAUUCACCGGACGCUUGCAUCACUUUAGGUAUUUGGGGCAUGGGUGGUAUUGGCAAAACCACCCUUGCUGAAACUGUAUUUCACAAACUCUCUUCUAAAUUCGAAGCUUCUUGUUUUGUUAAGAAUGUUAGAGAGAACUCAGAAAAAGUAGAUGGACUAGAUCUCUUGGAAAAAACACUUCUUAAGGAGAUAUUAAGGGAAGGAUGUCUAUCCAUAGGAUCAGCUAGUGUUCGAAAAAGGCUCAGCCGGACAAAGGUCCUCAUUGUUCUUGAUGAUGUGAGUAGUUCAAUGCAAAUGGAACGUUUAGCUGGCGAUCGUCUUCGGUAUGGCACUGGAAGUAGAAUUAUUAUAACAAGUAGAGAUAGGGCCACACUUAGGCAAACUGUUGAAGAGGAUAAUAUCUACGAGGUUGAGGUAUUAAAACCGGAUGACGCUCUUCAGCUCUUCUGUUCGCGUGCUUUCAAGAAUAGCAGUACUCGUAGAAUAGAUUAUAAGGAGUUGGCAAAAAAGGCCUUGCAUUAUGCCGGAGGUGUUCCUUUAGCUCUUACAGUUAUGGGGUCCUUGUUCUUCAAUUGCAAAACCAAAGAAGACUGGGAAGACGAAUUCAACAAAUUGAAACUAUUUUUCAGUGGAGAUAUCCAGAAAGUGUUGAGAAUAAGUUAUGAUAGAUUAGAAAAAAAUGAGAAGGAGAUAUUUCUGGAUAUAGCAUGUUUUUAUAAGGGGUGGGUUGUGCGUAAGGUAAAACGAAUGUUAGAUGUUCGCGGAUUCUUUGCGACAGGCGGAGUUAGAAUUCUCAUUGAUAUGUCUCUCAUAUCAAUUGGUUCGGAAUGGCAAACCAUAGAGAUGCAUGAUUCGCUACAAGAAAUGGGAAGGAGAAUUGUUCAAGAACAAUGUAUUAAAGAUCCCGGUAAAUGGAGUAGGUUGUUCAAUGAUGGGGAUGUCUAUCGUGUACUGAAGAGUAACACGGAAACUCCAAAUGUUGAAGCCAUAUUUGCUAAUUGUUUUGAGAUUCAAAAGCGACCAUUGGAACGUGCAGACUUCAAAAAGAUGUCUAACCUAAUAAUGCUAAUUGCGGUUGGUGGCUACCAAUUCCCCGCUUCUCUAGACCUUCCCGAUUCUCUUUGUUAUCUUUACUGGUUGAAAUAUCCACUGGAAUCUUUGCCGUCAAAUUUUUGUCCGCAAAAUCUAGUUGAGCUUCAUAUGCGAUUUAGCAAAGUUGUGAAGCUUUGGAAAGAAGACGAGAUACUUGUCAACUUACAAGUUAUCGAUCUGUCGUACUCUCAGUAUCUAACUGAAGUUCCAAAUCUCUCUGGGAGUCUGAAAAUUGUGAAGAUAGUUCUUUGUGGCUGUUCUAGUUUGGUUGAAGUUCCAUCAUAUUUUCAACAUCUUGACAAGCUUACUCAUCUUGAUCUUGGAAGCUGCUACAGUCUCAAGUAUCUUCUAGAGGUGCCAGGAAAUAUUCAAUAUUUGGAUUUACAAUACAGUGGUAUAAAGGAGUUGCCCAAAUCAGUUUGGUCUAACGAAAAUAUUUCUUACUUGAAUAUAAGUAAUUGCAAAGACCUUGAGAAACUUCCAAGCAACAGAUGUAAGCUGAAAGUCUCUGGUAGUUUUAAUCUAGGUGGCUGCACGUCUCUUGCCGAGUUUUUUGAGCUUCCCCAGGAUAUAAGUAAACUAUCAUUGGUUUAUUGCAAAAGACUUGUGAGUCUACCAACCAACAUUUGUAAGCUGAAACAUCUCAAGGAACUCGAUCUCUCUUGGUGCUCUGAACUUGAAAACUUCCUAGAGAUCUUGGAUCCAAUGGAACAUUUGGUGUCUCUUAGUUUGCAAGGGACAGCUGUCGAAAUGCUUCCUUCGUCUAUUGAAAAUCUAAUUAGGCUUGAAAUUUUAGACCUUAGUGGCUGCAAGCACCUUAAGGAUGUCCCUAAUGUUCUCGUUUGCUCAACCUCAUUGCAAGAAUUAAAUCUGAGUGGAACCAAGGUUAGGAGCAUACCAGCAAGCAUCAAACAAGCUUCUCAUUUGUCUAUACUCAACUUAGUUGGCUGCAAGCGGCUUCAAUCUUUACCAGAGCUCCCAGUGCUGUGUAAUGUUGAAGCUCAAGGCUGCAUGUUGCUGAAGACAGUGUCAAGUUCAAGGACAACACUCACACAAGGUUGGGUUAAACAUUAUCAUUUUUCCAGAGAUUUUACUAAUUGCCCAAAAUUGGAUAAUAAUGCAAGGAGCAACAUAAUGGAAGAAGCACAUAUUAGAAUUAUGCGAGAGGCAACUAGUGCUCCAUCAAAGGACACUCCUUGGCCUCAAAUUAAUGUUGUAUGUCCGGGAAAAGAAAUUUCAAAUUGGUUCAGCUAUCAAAGUGAGGGAUCUUCAGUGAACAUCAAGCUUCGUCCAGAUUGGUUUCAAACAGGUUUAUUUGGUUUUGCUCUGUCUGCGGUUGUUUCUGGGGUUUCAAAGCAGCAUUGUUCCUUGACUGUAAAUGCUAAUUUCAUUGGCAAAUUCAAGGGUGAAAGCCAUAAACUGUUCACUUCUGAAAUCUAUAUCAAAAGCAGCGGCUGGAACUACUGUUACGACCAACAUCACGUGUAUGUGUGGAAUGAGGCCUUUAGAAGUGAAGAGGAGGAAGAAGAAUGCUCCCCUGAUAGUGAAGAGGAAGAAGAAUGCUCCCCUGAUGUUGAGGCCUCUGUCGACUUCUGCUUGGAGGAUGAAGACGACCAACCCAUUUCCGAUAUGAAGGUGGAAAGUUGUGGUAUAUGCCUGUUUUAUGCCGAAGAUGCUAAGAAAUUCAAAUUUGAUCAUGUCUUCAUGUUGAGGGAACCAAAAGUAGAAGAAGAAACAAGACAAGAUGACGAUUCAAAAGGUGGUCAAUUCCCUCAAAUAGAAGAAGAAACAAGAGAAGAUGACAAUUCAAAAGGUCGUCAAUCAAGAGAUGAGCCUGAAGCCAGUGGAUCAAGUGAUGAGUCUGAAGCAAAUGAAAGUGAUGAACAUGGGUCUGAAGCCAGUGGAACUUAUUAUGAUUCGGACUUUUAAUCCAACAAUCCUAAGCAUCAUCAUCCAAUAGAAUUAGGAAAAACUUAAUGAGAAAUUUGUACUUUGAGAGCUCACUUGUCUGUCCAAGAAAUAAGACAACAAAUAGGCAAGGCUUUUAUUAUUUUGGUAUCAUUAAAGCGCAAGUUAUGGACAAGUGUGUGAUAUCCUAUUUGUUAUCAUUAAAACUUGAUUUGCAAGUCCA